GAGCUGCGGCGCAAGCGCCGGGAGCAGAAGGACCUGCUGCGGGAUGCCCAGCUGCGGGAGGAGCGGAAGCGGCGCCAGGAGGAACUUGCCAAGCGGGAGCGCGAGCUGGAAGAGCAACGAAGGAGGGAGGAGGAGGAGAGGAAGAAGAAAGAGAAGGAGCGCAAGGAGCACGAGCGAAAAGCGCGGCAGGAGGCGCGGCUGGCGGAGGAGAGGCGAAGGAUACAGGAGGAGGCGGAUCGUCUUGAGGAGCAACGACGGGCAGAGCAGCGUGCCGCAGAGGCCAAACGAGUCGAGACCGAGGAAGAGGCGCGAAGGCGCGAGGAGGUGGAGAAGGAGGAGCGCCGGAAGCGCGCGGAGCAGCGCAGGAAGGACAUCAAAGAGAAGGCGGAGCUCGCGAAGAAGGCCUUCGCGGCGGGCCUGUCCCCGGCGGCCGCCGCCUCGGCGGCGGCCUCGGCCCAGGCGGCGCAGGAGUCCACGCCGGAGGCGCAGCUCACUGUGGCUGUGCUGGGCCACCAAGGCGCUUGA